GUGGAAGAAGCAGAGGCGAGGAGGGGCCGAGGGAGAGGUGCGGGGGAACCUAGCCGGCUCCGCUUUUCGCAUUUUCCCUUCUGGACACCCCCACACAAGGAGUUGCGCGUCGUCUGCUCGGAGGUGGAGGAGUUCAAGAUAAAUAGACGCACAGAGUGAAUGUCGAGCGCCUUUGCCAAGCCACUUGCGAGGAAGAGGAACAGCGCUAACGGGCUUCCCCGAGUCUCACCGCGGCCCCGUGAACAAACUGCCUCCCCACCCCCCCGCCUCGAUCCUCUCCCCCUAUCUGCCUCCCCCCCCUACCCCCAGCAGCCCCAUUCCCGGGCGUGACGUCACCCCCAGCUAGGUCCGAGGGAGCCUGCAAAAGCCUCUCAAAUUCAAACUGAACGGCGCCCAGACAGCAGCCACCGCCAGCCGGGGGAAGGGAACCGAGCCGCCACCACCGCAACCCCAGCAGCCGGCCGGCGGAGUCAGCAGCCCACGGCGCCCCGCACCCCGCCGUCCGCCCGCGCCCAGCGCACACGCACAGCCAGCCGGGCGCCAGGUGGCCAAACUUCCCGCGGCUCCUCCGCUCGCCUCGCCCCCUCCGCUCGCCUCGCCCCCUCCUGCCUGCCCACCUCCAGGACUUUGGGUUGUAUCCCAGAGCCCCAAACCCCCAGGACGCCUCCCCCGCCCAUCAUCACCCCAAACCCACUAGUUCCACCCCUUCCCACCCCCGGUCAAGCGAACCGUUCCGUCUGCAAGAAGCGGCGUCUUCUCCAGGCUGCUUUUCCCCCCACAACGGUUUCUCUAUUUGCACCCAAAAUGCUAAACUCCGGGGCCACCGCAAAGGAGGGGAGUCUCAUCUUCUCCUGAUGUGCUUAACUGUAGGUGCCGGAACCAGAUCGACUGUGCAUAAAGAUGCUGAACGGUGUUUGGUUGCUCAGUGUAUUAACCGUGGCCGGGAUCCUCCAGACGGAGAGCCGCAAAACUGGCAAAGACAUUUGUAAGAUCCGCUGCUUGUGUGAGGAGAAGGAAAAUGUACUGAAUAUUAAUUGCGAAAACAAAGGCUUUACAACCGUGAGCUUGCUCCAGCCCCCCCAGUAUCGGAUCUACCAGCUUUUCCUCAAUGGAAACUUACUGACCAGACUCUAUCCUAAUGAGUUCGUCAAUUACUCCAACGCGGUGACUCUCCAUUUGGGAAACAAUGAGCUGCAAGAGAUCAGAACUGGGGCAUUCAAUGGCCUGAAAACUCUCAAGCGACUCCACCUGAACAACAACAAACUGGAAGUUUUGAGGGAGGACACAUUCCUGGGCCUGGAGAGUUUGGAGUACCUGCAGGCAGACUACAACUACAUCAGUGCCAUCGAGGCAGGCGCCUUCAGUAAGCUGAAUAAGCUCAAGGUCCUGAUUCUCAAUGACAAUCUCCUUCUGUCUCUCCCCAAUAAUGUGUUCCGCUUUGUUCUGCUGACCCACUUAGAUCUGAGAGGGAAUCGACUGAAGAUGAUGCCCUUUGCUGGAGUCCUGGAACACAUUGGAGGGAUCAUGGAAAUUCAGUUAGAGGAAAACCCUUGGAACUGCACUUGUGAUUUACUUCCUCUGAAGGCUUGGCUCGAUACCAUAACAGUCUUUGUUGGAGAGAUUGUCUGUGAAACUCCUUUUCGGCUGCAUGGGAAAGACGUGACACAGUUGACCAGGCAAGACCUCUGUCCCAGGAAGAGUGCCAGCGAUUCAAAUCAUAAAGUGAACCACCCUUCCUUUUCCGACACCCACGUGCAGAAGCUGUCGCCUACCCUUAAUCCUGCUCUCACUCCUACCCGGGCCCCCAAAGCCAGCCGACCCCCCAAGACAAGAAACAGACCAACGCCCAGGGUCACCGUGUCCAAAGAUAGGCAGAGCUUUGGACCUAUCAUGGUGUACCAGACCAAGUCACCGGUCCCCCUCACCUGUCCUAGCAGCUGCAUCUGUACCUCCCAGAGUUCUGACAAUGGGUUAAAUGUCAACUGCCAAGAAAGGAAGUUCACCAAUAUCUCAGCCCUUCACCCCAAACCUACCAGUCCAAAGAAGCUUUAUCUUACAGGGAACUAUUUGCAAACUGUCUACAAAAAUGACCUCGCAGAAUACAGUUCUUUGGAUUUGUUGCAUCUUGGAAACAAUCGGAUAGCAGUCAUUCAGGAGGGUGCUUUUACAAACCUAACCAGUUUACGGAGACUUUAUCUGAAUGGCAACUAUCUGGAAAUUCUUUAUCCUUCUAUGUUCGAGGGGCUGCAGAGUUUACAAUAUCUCUAUCUUGAGUAUAACAUCAUUAAAGAGAUCAAGCCCUGUACCUUUGAUACACUGAUUAACUUGCAGCUGUUAUUUCUGAAUAACAACUUACUGAGAUCAUUACCAGAUAAUGUGUUUGGUGGCACUGCCCUCACCAGACUGAACCUGAGGAACAACCAUUUCUCCCAUUUGCCAGUGAAAGGGGUCCUGGACCAGCUCCCAGCUUUUAUCCAGAUUGAUCUGCAAGAAAACCCGUGGGAUUGUACCUGUGACAUUAUGGGACUGAAAGACUGGACAGAGCAUGCAAAUUCCCCUGUUAUCAUCAAUGAGAUUACCUGUGAAUCUCCAGCCAAACAUGCAGGUGAGAUCUUGAAAUUUUUAGGGAGAGACACUAUCUGUCCAGACAACCCUGACUUAUCAGAUGCUACUAUCUUAUCCAUGAGUCAUAACACAGACACCCCAAGAUCCCUUAGUGUGGCUCCCAGCUCAUACCCAGAGCUACAUACAGAAGUUCCACUCUCUGUCUUAAUUUUAGGGUUGCUUGUGGUCUUUAUCUUAUCUGUCUGCUUUGGAGCAGGCUUAUUUGUCUUUGUCCUCAAACGGCGAAAAGGGGUACCCAGUGGGCCCAGUAGCACCAACAACUUAGACAUCAGUUCCUUCCAACUGCAGUAUGGAUCUUAUAAUGCUGACACUGCUGACAAAACUGAAGGCCACGUCUAUAACUAUAUUCCUCCUCCUGUGGGCCAGAUGUGCCAAAACCCUAUUUACAUGCAGAAGGAAGGUGACCCAGUGGCAUACUACCGAAACCUCCAAGAGUUCAGCUAUGGGAAUCUGGACACCAAGAAGGAAGGGCCAGCCACUCUGGCUUAUACCAUCAGUGCAUCAGAAUUACUGGAAAAGCAGUCCACCCCACGAGAGCCGGAGCUACUCUAUCAAAAUAUUGCAGAGAGAGUGAAAGAGCUCCCCAGCGCAGGGGUGGUCCACUAUAACUUUUGCACCUUACCUAAGCGGCAGUUCACACCUUCCUAUGAAUCCCGACGCCAAAAUCAGGACAGACUGAACAAAACUGUUUUAUACGGAACUCCCAGGAAAUACUUUGCAGACCAAUCCAAACCUGAACAUCCUUUACUUCAGGCCAAGCAGCAAACAGAACCAGACUACCUCGAAGUUCUGGAGAAACAAACCGCGAUCAGUCAGCUGUGAAGAGAGGGAAAGAGAACGAAAGCAUCAAGGAAGGCUGCCUCAGGAAGACAGAAACAGCUGGGGAUGGCCACAUUCAGUGCAUUGGCUUUUUGGUUUUUGUAGGGUGGGGGCAAUGAAGUUGGGGGGAGGUCUUUCUUUUCCAGGAAUAAUAUGGAAACUGAAAAAUCAGUGAGGGAUGGGGGAAAGCAAGCUUCUUGCUCUGAAAAGUUUUCCUUUUAAAUUAUUUCCACUUUAUUUUGGUUGGGUUUUUUUUUUGUCAUCCUUAGUAACUGUCCACUGAAAAUGAAUGUUGCUCCAAUGACUUUUUUUUCCCUUUUCACUUUACUUCUUGUUCUCCCCCCCAAUCUGUUCUGUUGUUUCAGUGCACAGAUGGGGAAUGGGAGACUCUAGGAGGUCUGGAAGGGGCUAGGCAAAAAAAAAAUCUUUUAAAGAAGUGGAUGCUGAAUGUGUUAUGCUGAAGAUCUCCAAAGAUCUUUUGGGACUGUCACUUCCUUUGUAAAUAAUAAUAUCCAGUAUUUCUCUUUCAGUUACCACGCAAAGUCACUGAGCGUCACCUCUUGUGUUAAAGUGCCUUUGCACUUUAAGUACAUUACUUAAAUGUUGCUUUUAGCUUUGAUAAAUUGAACCUAUUUUAAUGUGUUGUAUUUUUGAAAGUAAAAAAAAUGUAAAAUAGAUCUAUAUGUCAGCUGCAUUCAAUCAAAGGAGAGUUUGCUUGAUUUAUAGGUAACCAGCCCUUCAUUAAAUGAUUCUAGUUCUAAGACUUUAUAGAUUUCACUGUAAAAUAUUUCUUUUCUUCUGGGUUUGUUUUAAGUGAUUCAUUGAAGUCAGCUAAGCAGACUUAGUGAUAGACCAGAGGCACUCAGCUGCCUUGGUUGGGCUUGCUAUUUCAUUAAUAAAAGGUAUUGAACAUGCUAGCAUAGAGAAUUGAACAAUUAAGGUCCUUCCCUAAAUCAUUACCUUGCCAACACUAACAUGGUCAGUAAUGUUCAGUGCUUUUAGAUUAUUUUCCUAAUUAAGAGAACAUUACACAACUUGUAAUAUAUUUUUUCUGCAUUAAAUUAGAUAUUUUUAUACAUUUAAUGAAAGUCUGAAUUUCUAACUUUUUAAUUGAAAUUAAUAUUUUUUCUGCCUAUUGAGACAUUUUCUAUAAGCAUACACCAGUAGAGGCCGCCACACACCUCAUUUAAUAAAGACAUAUGAGCCAUUUAAAUACCUUGAAGGAAGACUUCAAAGGUGAAAUUCGAACUUGGGUCUCCAGACUUCCCAAGCCAGUUCUCUGCAUAUUCCAAGGUAGCAGAGACAAAUGUCAACAUACCUUCCAAUACCCUUACCCACCAACGUUUAGACUUCUGAAUUCUUCUUGGGUUAUCAUAUUUAAAUAGAAAGCAAUGUUUUCUCAUUGAGUUUAUGAAGUCCUCCCAAGUUUAUUGAAGCUUUAAAAGGGGUGCUAUCUGAUAAUGCUAUUGCGUCUCCAUAUAGGGGAAGAAUGAACGAAAACCAAGAAAUUAAGCGAAUCAUUUCUCUUUCACCUUUCCUUAGGUUUUACUUGAAUUUUACCUUGUCAUCCGAAGAGAGCAUUUCUUUUUUUUCUCCCCCCGGAAUGGGGGCAGGGGAGAGUAUUAAAAUGAAUUUGGUUAACCAAGUAUAUAAAACAUUUAUGAAGCCUUAUUAUUAGCCUGUAAAUAAUUUUUAGCUGCAAACAUGAUUGUGAGAUUUAAACAAACAGCCCUUAUUUACAACAAAAAUAGUUUUGUUUUGUCUAUUGUAAAUCCUUAUGCAACUGGGAUGGUGAUCUGCAUAUAAAGUAGGCCAGCCUUUUCAAUUCCUUAUUAAAGCAAUUGAUGGAGAAUGAAAGAAGCUCCCUGUUUCCUUUUCAUAAAUAGGUUACUGCACAUAAUAAUCCUUUAUUAUCAUGCAGAGAUUGAAGUGGACUCUGAUGACUUAUUUUUAAAGCUUUAAUAUGACUAAUAGUAUAUUGUCUGCCACUCCGAAGACUUCCCAAGCAAUCGAAUUUCAAUUAUAAAUGACUUAAGUCCGUAUUCUUUUCAUCGAUAUUUUACUAGUGGAAAACAUUUGCCUUUUUCAGAACUGAAAAGAGUCGUGUGUGGACAGAGCUCAGAACAUGCAGUGAAUCGCUUUUAAUGAACAAUGCAGUGUCUGAAUACCAUCCACCGUGACCAGCUCUCCUGGCCAUCCUUUGUUUCAAAAUCAUAAUUUCUAUUCAUGGCCAUUACAGCAGGGUUAGCACUGGAGGUCCAUAAGAAACUAACUCUAUGAGAGUUGGUCUUCCAAAGGGUCUCCUUUCAGGGAAGAGAAGAGAAAGUAUGAACACAGAGAGAUUGCCUGGAAAUCACUUCCUCCACUUUGGGUGUGAGGUGCUGACAUGGAACAGCUUCAGGGGGGUCACUUCUGGCUGCUGGCCAGAAUGUAGUGGUAGCUAGGACAAAAAAAAAAAAAGGCGUGGUAGAAAGUUUUUGCUAAGGGGAAUGAUCAGAUCUGCUUUUCCUUAACUUUUUAUUGAGCAUUAAGCUAUGUGUGAGAACUGAGGUGAUUUGUCCAAAUCUACUUUUAGUGCUUCCCACCCCCACCCACCCCCACCACAUAAAUUCAGUACACCUUUUAUAGCAUUAAUUUUGGUGAAAAAAAAAGCAAUAGCAAUUUCAGAUGCAUUCUUCUAAAGAGACCUCCUGGAACAACUCAAUUUUAUCCACAAUCCCACUAAAUAAUGAUGGCUUAAUUUUGAAUACUUACGCUUUCCAGAUUUGCACUUUAUUAUUAGCAUAGCAUGAUGAAAUAUUUCCUCUUCCAACCUAAUGGGAUGCAUCCUUUAAAUCAUUUUUUCAAUACAGCCUUUCAAGUAUAUGUUGCGUUCAGUUUCUAUUGUUAGUUUAAAGUAUGUUUGUGACAUACUUUAAAGUCGAAAUGAGCUUUUUUUUUUCCCUGAAGCUUUGUUUCCAUUCUGUUAUUGUUCCAACUGACUGCAUUUGGUUUUGCUUCCUCAGCACCAGGGCUUUUUGAAAUGAUUUUAUUCUGGGAUCUUUAUUUUUAUCUCCUGCAGCUGGAUUUGGUUGUUUAACUUUGACUCCCCAUGCUGCUCGAAAGAGGAAUAAACAGUAACAUGGCUACCCCCAGGGCUUUGGGGGCAACCUUCACUCUCCUGGCCGCAGGCUGAAGCUGAGCUGCAAGGCCUAGCCCUGCGAAUUGUACAUGGUCAUUCCCUUCCAAUUCCAGAUGAUUAAUUAGUGGCUAGCUUCCCCUGGGGCUCAUUAGUAUUAACAACAACAAAAAAAUCUCAGCUGCUUUUCCUAGGUUUAACUGCCACUGAGAAAGAACCGCAUCUGGGUUCUAAACCAGGAGCAACUUUCUUAGGCCUCACCAAAUCCCUCUAUUAAGAUGGUAUCAUCAAGUCUAACACUCCUUCUUUGCCCAUAAGGCAAGUUACUUUUUGAAUCCUUUUCUUGGUCCUACAAAGACUUAACCUCUAUUUAGUCACACAAAGGAGGGUCUAGGGAAAACAGAGGCAGAUUGGGAUUCUUCAGACUGUGGAUGUACUACCCAAACCCCCCAAGGAUGGAGGAUCAGAACGAGAAUUAAGAAAAGCUCUUUGGGGUGUUCUAAUGCCUGAAACUUCUCUGAUGAUCCCCGGAUGUGGACAGCUGUUGGGCUUUCCAUCUUGAGUCUAUGGAGUAAGGGGAAAACUGUGGAUCUCUUUUCCACCUGCUGCACAUCAUUUAGCCAGCAUCCUUCAUUAUUUUGGGCUGUAUGACCUAACAGACAAACCAAACAGCAAACAAACCAAACAUUUCUGUUGGAUCGGGUCUAGUGCUUCAAGUAUGAGGACUGGUACCUGUGUGCUGUUUUAAAAGCUUCACUGUAAAGAUAAUCCGCAAUGUGAUUGUAAAUACGGUGUCACAAACAUACUUUAAAAUGACUAGCAGAUCCGUGUUUUAUAGGCAAUGCUUAAUUUGCAUCUCAAUGGCUUAGACUAGAGGGUUUUGUUUUCCGAUAUCAUCUGUUAACUUGCAAACAACAAAAAGUAUAGGAGUGGUGAGAAAUAUUUACCUUGAGAUGUAGGUGAUAAAAUCACUAACUUCUGGUAAAGAGAAAAUAAGUACUGUAUAUAGGUGUACCUCACUUCUUGCUGUGGUUGUGCUCCUGAAAAAAAAGUUGUGUGUAAAUUCAAUUUUUUUUUUUUGUAAAUUGAAUCAUAUUUUAAGUGCACUAGGGGAGCUGCUAUUUAGAGGAAACUUGUGGUGAAUCCUUUUGUAAAGCAAAGACUCAUUUUAUAAUGGAAAUAAUCAUCCCCCACCCCUAAUUUAUCUGUUUUGUAUGUUUGGAUUUUCAUAUAUCGGGUUUGCAUAAAACAGGGCCCACCUGCAUAGUCAUUCAAUCCAACCUGCUUUUCCAGUGCUGCUUGUUGUACCAGUGUAUUGGUUGCUAAGGGCUUAUACUUGAAAAGGCUGCUGCAAUUUUGUGCAAAUUAAGCUAAUGGAUGAUUCUGUGAUUACACAGUAGCAUCUCUAAACUGUUAUGGGUAGCCAAACCAUUUAGACUCAAUUGAGCACCGGAUUCCUCACUUCCUGUCCUAACUGGUAUGUUCGAUCAGCAGCCUCUCCUUUCUCAGAUGUGGCCAUGUUUCCUUAGGGGGUGGAGCAAUUACCGUAUUCCAAUUCUAGAAAGUGCUUAGAGUCAAAUGGUUUUAUAAUAAAUAUAUGUCAUUGUGUAAACAUAUUGAACUGCAUGUCUGUUGGAAUUUUUUCUUGCAGUGUUUUAGCUUGGAAAUACCUGUAUAAAUACUGUUAGAUUUAGUCGCAAAUAAUUGUUGUCAAGUUAUUGGAAUAAAUGGCAAAUGAAACAAGA